UCAACAUUCCAACAGUAAACAUUAAAUGCUUUCUUCCUCUAUGUGACAAAAAUCGAGAAAUACUUGGGUAAAAAGCAAACUUUAGUUUAUUUUUACUAUUAUAGAGAAGAAAAACUGAUGACCUUGGAAUAUUCUUCGAUUAGUACGAAAUACAUAUAUUCUGCGAACUGACGAUGCUCUUAAGGAUUCGAAGCUGUGAGCCCUUAACUCCUAUACAGCAGUGGAUUCACACUGCUGAACUAAAUUUGUCCGAUAAAACAAGCACUAUUGCCGAUUUGUUGUAUAGUAUACUGUUGUUUAAUUUUGGAGAUUGUAAAGAUGGACGAUCGAUUCUUGUAGGAUCUGGAAACCAAGCCAAGUAUGCAUUAGGAAAUGAAUUAUUUUUACAACUUGUGAAGGACGACUUUGCCUUGCCGAUUUCUAUGGCGUAUCAUUUGUUUUUGAGUGAUUCGGAGAUACUGGAAUUGCGCAUUCUUUCUAGAGAAGAGGCUUUACUGAGAAGCUGCGAAGUUUUGGCUUUGAGAUUAAGUUCAUCCACUUCCUUGGAAACAGCUCUUCAAAAUUGGAGCAAAGGUGUGCAGGAAAGAGGAAACAAAGCUCAUGUUCAGGUCACUAAAGCUCCAAAACAAGCCAACUUAAUAGUUAGCUCAUCUUUACCUUACACAACUCCAAAUGGUAGUGAGUUUAAUACAAAAAAGCGUGAUGCAGCAGCUCCAACAACAUGGAAUGACAUGUACACCUUAAAGAAAAGUAAGGUGGAUCACUCAGCGAAUGGUGAGUUUACUGUGAACCCAUUAAAGAAAAAUGUCGAAUCUCAGCUAUUGACUACAGCAAACCAACAAAGACCCAUGAAAAGUGGAAACUCAGUAAAAUCUUCUUCAAGCGAAUCUUCUGAAUCCGAUGACUCGUCUUCUGAAUCAGAAUCAUCCUCUGCUGUCUCUGUAUCUGUUUCUUCUGAUGCAGCUUCCGUAUCCACCACUGCCAGUUCAUCAGAAGAGGAUAGCUCAGAAAGCAGUGAUUCUUCUUCCGACGAUAGUACUUCAAGCUCAGACUCUUCAACCAGCGAUGGUGGCUCUUUGAAUUCUCAACAAUUGAAGCAUCAUAAUAAAAAAACAAAUGAUAUUCCUAAAAGCAACACUUCUGGGUUUUCUCACUCUUUGAAUACAGCUAACGAAAUGUCUUAUUUUCGUGACUCUUCUGCUUUGCAUUCAUCUAACCCGGACACCCUUUAUUCUGGCAGUACAAUAGAUGGUGAACGAACGACUCUUUUUGACACUACAAACUUUUUAAAGUCCUCUCCGACUAAAAGACAAUCCAGCUUGGAGCAAGAAAGUGACAUUGUCUACAAACGUUUCGGUGAAUUUGGAACCGAUUCAGUUGACGCCAACACUUCUGACUUUCGGUCUGCGGAUGAUAAGAAUGGCAUUUUUAAUAAUCGUUCAUUUCACGAAUUUGAUGAAGAUCCCAAUAGUUCAACUUCAAUUCGGCCACCCGGUUCCGGUAGCUCUGCUACUAAGUCAAGAAAUCUUCGUCGAAAAAAAUCGAGAUUGAUGAAGAAAUACGGUCAAGAUGUAGAAGCUAUGCCCGGUGAUUUGGACUUGGCUGAUAGACCUUAUCCAUCAGAUGAAAGCAAAGAUUUGAGUGAGGGACAAAGCUCUCAUCUUGAUUCCGAUACAAUAAAAGUUGAACAUCGCUAUGAUGCGGUACCUGUGUCCAAGGAUGCAGAGCUAGACGUUGAGUUCCCUCCGGGUAGUUUAUUGCGAUUUACCAUCAUGGACUUGAAUGUUAAUACCUAUACACCUGAGAUUUCUGAAAAAUCAGGGCGGGUUAUUACUUCCAAUGAUAAAGAAGUUAAGAUCCAAUUAGAUACAAAACAUCGGUACAAAAUCAAAUAUGGUCCUGAUGGUGAAAUUAUCCAAGGCCGUUUCGGAACUAUACCAGACGAGCAACUUGUUGAGGGCAUCGUGACAUAUGGAUGGGAUCUUAUGUCCGAUAUUCACAAGCUUGUACAAUAUUGAAUGAAAAGUUACUAUUCCGCAUUUUUUAUUCAUUCGAUAAUUUAUUACCAAGACACGAAGUACUGAUGUCUUUGUUAUUUCCUGGAUCUGCACAUUUCAAUCAUAUAAUUAAUUUAUAGUAUUUCUUCGAGUUGCAUAAUAUUAUAGACACAUUUAGUUUACUUCAAAUCAACUUUGUAAAAAUAGAUAAUAUUUGCGGCCUCAUGUUAAGGAGCAUGC